AGCAUUGUGCACCCGGGUCCAUAAACCAUAUUUUGUCAUGAAAGAAAAUAAAAACAUGGGCAAAUACAAAUCCAGCAAAAAGUAACUGAAAAACUUCAAACUCUCCCACCUCCAUCAUCUUCAAUCUUCAUCCCUUUUCCAGAAAAUAAACACAACUUUCUCCCUCCUCUCUUACUGUUCAACCAUGGCGGUCACAAGCCGCCUUCUAAGAUUAUCAAAUUCAUCCCUAAUUCCCACCACCAUUAACACCAUUUCUCGUAAUUUUACUUCCCAAACUACCCUCCAUUCUUCUCCCUUAUGGAAUGACAAUUCUAAUAAUAAUAAACCCUCGAUGUUGCGCAAACGUAGAAAUGUCCACUGGGUUUUUCUGGGUUGUCCUGGUGUUGGUAAAGGCACUUACGCUACUCGUCUCUCGAAGCUUCUAGACGUUCCUCAUAUUGCUACUGGUGAUUUGGUCCGUGAUGAGCUUGCUUCCUCUGGCUCUCUCUCUCCUCAGAUUGCAGAGAUAGUUAACUCGGGGAAGCUGGUUUCAGAUGAGAUCAUAGUGGAUCUGUUGUCCAAGCGUCUGGAAUCUGGAGAAGCUAAAGGUGAAUCUGGAUUUAUUCUUGAUGGUUUUCCUCGUACAAUUAGACAGGCGGAAAUUUUGGAGGGGGUUGUUGAUAUCGACUUAGUGGUCAAUCUUAAGCUCCGGGAAGAGGCCUUACUGGCAAAAUGUCUUGGCAGAAGAAUCUGUAGUCACUGUGGUGAAAACUACAAUGUUGCAUGCAUCGACAUAGAGGGUGACGAGGAAAGCCCUAGACUGUACAUGGCUCCCCUGCUUCCACCUGAUGAAUGUGCGUCAAAGCUUAUCAGCCGCCCUGAUGAUAAAGAAGAAGUUGUGAGGGAGAGACUCCGAAUUUACAACGAAUUGACUCGGCCUGUCGAAGAUUUUUAUCGCAAGAGGGGAAAACUAUUGCAGUUCAAUCUUCCUGGUGGAAUCCCAGAAUCCUGGCCAAAGCUGCUGCAGGCUUUGAAUCUUGAUGAUGAUCACGAGGACGGUCAAUCUGCUGCAGCUUGAUUCACUAUAACAACUUUCUGUACCAUAUAUUGUCUAGGUUAGUGAUUGAUUUUUUCAAACAAGGUAUAGUUAUAUUCAAAUAGAAAGUAUGAAUCCCUAACAUGAAUUAAAUCCCGGAACGAGUUAGUAGGAUGUAUCAGGUUUGCUUUUUUCUGGGUUUACAAAUUUUUUAAGGAGCAGAAUUAGUACAUUAUUACAACAAUUUGUCAAGGUCAAAAUUGUAGCUCCUGUAUUGUUGUUGUCAAAAUAUCUAUUCAAAGAAGAAAAUAAAAAAUUAAAGAUAAUUUGACCUGUG